AUGUCGUCGCACAGCCCUUUUAUUAUGUUGUAUGUUCACUCGGCGAUGACUCAUAUUACACCCGAGAUUCGCGCUCAGUCGACGGACUUUCUAAAUAUAUUGCUCGAGACCGUCCCAGAACAAGUGUCUCGAUUGUCUUGGGCAAAGACACUUAAGUGUUUUUUUCCAUUACUUGGAUGGCCAUUGGAAGAUGAGAAAAAAACCAGCAGUGGCCCUAAACACCCGGGUACAACUAUAUCAUCAGCGUCAGUGACUACUGGGCUGUCAUUCGGUGCAAGUGCAGCCAAAACUAAGCUAGCGCAUAUAAUGUCUUUGGAUAAGCUCUUAAAUAUCGGCUUAGAUGAAGCCCUAGACUCUGCUUCAGACAAUUUACCGCCAUUUCACCACCCGGAGACUGCCAAGUUUCUCCUACCAAUUCGUUCUGGUCCAUAUGCAACAUUGGGUCUAUUCUCGAGGAGUACUGGCAUAGGAGGCACCAAUUCUUCGACUUCGCAACACUCUACAAGAUCUUCAACACCUAUCUCUGAGUCUACAGAUGUGUUUACGGUAACCGAAGAUGUUGAGUCUCGCUGUGGACUUGUUAAAACUGUUUAUUAUAAGAGUCUGACCCGGGGGCUUGAGAACACUGUAAAAGAGGCUGGGCAGGUGGGAAGAGUUUCAAGCAAUAUGCUGAAAUUUCUUGAACAACGAGUAUCUUGA